AUGUUCCUGUUCUUCCUGUUUUGGUUGCAACAAUAUUCGUUGUUCAAGACGACACGAGCCACGCGCCUAUUUCCCAAUUAUUUCUUCACAACCAAAGACACCACGUUGACCUUCAUAGUUCAGGCAUGCGCCGGGGGCAUCGUGACUGUUCCCCUUUACCUGAUGGCUCUUUACUAUCCAUUCGCCCACAAUGACUCGGCCUUGCAAGCAGGCGUGAAGCUCUUGCCUCUUGUGGCAUUUCUUGUGAUAUCCAUUGUGCUCAACGGGCGCCUCAUGAGUAUGUUCGGCUAUCAUCAGUACUGGAUUGUUGGAGGCAGCGUGAUGGUCCUAGUAUCGGGUGUAUACUUUACUCACCUCACCGUGGACUCGUCAGAUGCCAUAAUAUGGGGGCUUCAGGCUGUUCUGGGGGCUGGCACAGGAGCUUUCAGCCAGGCUGGCUUUGCCAUUGCUCAAGCCAUGGUCGAGCCUUCGGAAAUUCAGAACGCCAUAUCCUUCAUGCUCGUCGCCCAGUUGGUUGGCACCUCGCUCGGCUUGGCCAUCAGCGGGGCGAUAUUUCAGAACCUAUCAGUUCCAAAGGCUGCUGCCAUACUCGGCUCCAGCUUCUCGCCGGAAGACGUGGUUAAGAUCGUAAUGCGAGUCGACCCUGGCCUUCUGGACAGUCUUUCAGCAGACUUCAAAAGACAGGUUCUUGAUAUUGUCAUCAGAGCUAUAACGAACGGCAUGUCCCUUUUAUACGUUGGCGGCGCGGUUUGCCUUCUCUGUGGCGUCUUUUUGACGCCAAACCGCCACCUUCUGGGGAGGAAGACGGCAUCCGCAUCAACUACAAUGACACCGUCAUCGGAAAUACCUGAAUCUGGGCACCCAGUCACCGAUAUGGAGAUGCACGAGAGCCGUAUUGUAGACGGCUACCCGACGUCUGUGCUAGGCCUGCCGGGGAGUCUAGCUGAACACCACAUGUAA